AGAAAUAAAAGUAAAAUGAUGUUGGGUAAAGGUUCUAGGGAUUCAAAUUUUCAUUCUUACCAUUUCCAGUGAUAUUAAGAAUUGAAGUUCACCUUUCAAAAUAUGAUCGUAGAAAUUCUUUGCUCAUUAUUUGUGCUGAUCUUGUAUUUGUUUUAUACGAGAUCUUCAAAAUACAGAAUUGGGGAUUUCGCUUGUGCCCCUGCUAAUUUCUUGAUAGGAAAUGCUUUUGAAGUUGCUUCCACAAGAAGGGUAAUUCCUUUUCUUCACCGACACCUCAUGAAUUACAAUGGUCUCUUCAAAUUUUCCGUAGGAUCCCGAGCCAUUUUGGCGGCAUCCGAUCACAAAUUCCUUGAAUGGAUACUGAAGAGCAACAAAAUUAUAGCAAAACCUGAACAUUUUGAGGUGUUCAAGGAAUGGUUAGGCGACGGUUUAUUGACUUCAUCAGGUUCCCAUUGGAAAGAACACAGAAGAAUUCUGAGUCCGGCCUUUCAUUUUAAAAUAAUUGAGGAUUUUCUCACUGUUUGUCACCGUAAAAGUGAAGUCUUAGUUCAGCAGUUAGAAGCAGAAUUAGAUAAAGACCAUUGUGAUGUUUAUCCCUUUUUCGCUAAAUUCACCUUGGAAAACAUUGCUGAGAGCUCAAUGAUGAUUCGCAUCGAUGACGAAGAGAAUAAAUCAGAGUUUCUUGAUGCACUGAAUAUUGUAUCAGAAGUUUUGGUAGAGAGGAUGAUAAACUUUUUCUACCUGCAUGAUAUAGGUUUUCUGUUCCAUCCAGAAAAAAAACUGUAUCAAAAAUCGCUUCGAGUCAUUAAUGAAUUCAAUACAUCGGUGAUCAAAAGGAGAAGGGAAGAAUUGGAUAGAUCUAGUUCUAAUUCAUUGGGGGAUGAUAAUGAUAAUAAUAUUUAUGCAGCAAAUAAGAAAACCGCAUUCUUGGAUGUGCUUCUCACAGCUGUUGAUAGUAAUGGCCAACCAUUUUCAGACAAAGAUAUAAUGGAUGAAGUUAAUACAGUUAUGCUGGCGGGCUAUGAUGUAGUUUCAUGUGCUCUUUCAUUCAUUCUUUAUAAUCUGGCUAAUAAUCCAGACGUACAGAGGAAAGCAUUCGAGGAACAAGCUUCAUUAAAUUCUGAUGUAGCAUUUGAACAAAUCACCAUUUCUGAGAUAAACUCUAUGAAAUACCUGGAAAUGGUUAUAAAAGAAUCUAUGAGAAUGCAUACUCCAGUUCCCUUUGUUGCUAGAAGAGUAGAAGAAGAUGUCUAUUACGAUGAUAAACUCAUUCCAAAUGGCACAACCAUCAUAUUAGCUUUAUAUAGUCUUCAUCACAAUCCCGAAAGUUUUCCAGAACCAGAAAUUUUCAAUCCGACACGUUUUGACGCAAAUUCCAAGGUUCCCCCCUUUGCCUACUUACCCUUUAGUGCAGGACAAAGAAACUGUAUAGGACAGAAAUUUGCCAUGGCUGAAAUGAAAGUUGUGGUGGCAAAAAUUCUCAGGAAAUUUGAACUUUUCCCUUCGAGAUUGCAAUAUAAACCGCAGUUAUUUGCCGCAUUGACUUUGAGAUCUGAGAAUGGUGUGUGCCUAAGAUUGAAGAGAAGAAAUUAUUCGGGAAUCAGCUGACAAACGAGGUUGGAUCAUUACCAUUGAGAAAAUCAAUCGCACUCACAACAAAAGAGGUGAAGGUAUUUUUUCAGUAUUCAAAAUGGACGUAAAACAAAACGAGAGAAAUGGGGACAAACUACGUGUAACUACGCGUAGAAUUAAUACUUCAAUCUAUUGCAAGGUCAAUUGUAUAUAUUUCAGAAUUCAAAUAUAGAAAAUAGUAAAAACAA